ACUCAACCGAGAUGGAAUCUCCCAGUCUGAACCGGUUUCAACCGGUUCCGAGUUUGAGGCACUAGGAGGAGGGGGAGAAGCGGCUGCAGCGGCCGCGGCAGGAGCAGCGGGAGCUACAGCAUCAGCAAGAGCAACAGUAGCUACAGCCCCGGCGGCGGUGCCUGUUCCAGUCUUUGCUGCUGCAGUCCGUGCAACCACCCAGAGGGGGAGGGGGGAACCACCAGUCGCUGAGGAGCAAGAGAAGGGGGGAAAGUUUAGGCGAGCCUGGGUGGGGGGGGCCCAGCACCGGAGCCGCGUGAGAGAGGGAGCCGUAUUUUGGUAGGGGGGAGUCGGACUGUAACUGGCAGCAGAGCGUCCCCCGACCGUGUGGACUCUACACCCCCUACUCCUGCCGCUCCUGCUGCCGCCUGUGGCUGGAGGGUCCCCCUGGGGCUGAAUCUUUGGGACCUGACCCGGUUCCCCUCCCCCUUCCCUCACGCCCCAGCCAGGCGGGAGCAUUUAUUCCACAUAUUAAUUCCCCUUCUUUUUUUGGGGGGGAGGGUGGGUGUGUGUGUCGGGGGGAGGUGUCCCUGAGAUAGUAAAUAUUGAGCUUUUUUUUUUUUUUUUGCCCUUAUCGCCUUCGUUUUUUUUUUAAUUUCUUUUUUUAAGGUGGGGAAACUGUGAAACCCACCUUGAUUUCCUCCCCUCUUCCCCCCCUCCCCAUCUUCCCUCGCCCUAAUCCCCCGACAAGGAAGGAAGAAGCAGUUGGUUCAAUCUCUGGUAAUCUAUGCCAGCAAUUAUGACAAUGUUAGCAGACCAUGCAGCUCGCCAGCUGCUUGAUUUCAGCCAAAAACUGGAUAUCAACCUUUUAGACAAUGUGGUGAAUUGCUUAUACCAUGGAGAAGGAGCCCAGCAAAGAAUGGCUCAAGAAGUACUGACACAUUUAAAGGAGCAUCCUGAUGCAUGGACAAGAGUCGACACAAUUUUGGAAUUUUCACAGAAUAUGAACACGAAAGUAAGCAAGUGGUGGUUUUAAAAUCCAUUAUUUCUUCUUUUCUUCCAGUCAUGAACUUUGAGGAAGGUAUCUCAUUUUUAGUAUUAGCAUUUGUUAUCUCAAAUCACUUACUAAUGUUAACUUAUUUCAAAAUUUAUUUUUAAACAUAGAAUUAAUUCUUGCAAAUAGUCCUAAGAAUUAUGAAUGAAGUUUUAUAAUUGGGACUAGUAUGCAAGGUGGCUUUUUUUGUUGUUGUUUUUUUAAAUUUGGGGCUUGCUUUUUUUUUUUUUUUUUUUUUUUGGCUUUUUUUUUUUUUUUAAAGAAUAUGUGUACAGAUCUAAGCAUAAAUUCUGAAUGUUACUCAGAGAUGAAACAACAUCAGAGGCAUUAUUUUGGGCAAGUAAUCAAUAUAAUACAGGUUAGGUAUCUCCAAAACCAAGAUGUGUGGGCAGCGUAAAACCCUACUCAAUGGUACCAAUGCUUUUAAUGGGACAGCACUCAGUUUUUAUUUGCAAUUGAAAAUGUUAUCAUUUGGGUCCUUUUUUCUUCUUAAGUUUGAACAGAAGGGUUGAUCAAAAUGUGUUUUGACUGUUUAGGCUUAAUGAUUCACACUUUAAACUGCCUUGAAGUAAUAAAAUACCGUGCAUGGCAUUCUGUUUAAAUUACACACAAGGUUUCCACUUGGUAUACAUUGUGUUAAAACAGAAAAUAGCCAUGUUCACCUCUGUUUCUGAAAUCAGACUGUGUUAAUUAACAGUUUUAAAAUAUUAAUUAGUUUUGACAUCUUAUAAAUUUUAGGGCAAAAAUACAGUCCGGAACUUCCUCAAAGUGCUAACCUUAAGUAACAUAACAGUGUUUGCCUGUUUGCUUGCCUGGUAAAUUUUGCUUUUUAUACUGACAGACAUUACUAAUGUUUAAGUUGAUUUAUCAACAGUAUUUUUAAAAACUCAAAUUUGUCUUGUGAAAAAUGAGAUGAUUAGAGGAACAGAAAGAAAGCAACAGGUAAAGAAUUCUUCAAUUUACAUAAAUUACAAAUGAUUUGGUGCUAAAUUUAUGCACUAUGACAUUUGGCUUUUAUGCAAUCAUUUUUUUUUUCUUUAAAGAUGUUAACACUACCUGAUAUUAAUCAUAAUGUUCCAUUAUGUUGAUUGCUUGUAAUAGGAAGAAAAGGGGUGUCUUCCUGUGCAACUGACACAGCUAGGCUUUGACGGCAGGCCUCCACAAGUAUUAUGGACUACAAAUUUUGGAAAAUGUGAUAAAAACAAGGUGGAAGAUUCUUCCGAGGAACCAAUGCGAAGGAAUAAAAAAAUAUGUUGUUGGCCUCAUUAUCAAGACGUCAUCUGACCCAACUUGUGUAGAGAAGGAAAAGGUAUAUAUCGGGAAAUUAAAUAUGAUUCUUGUUCAGAUAUUGAAACAAGAAUGGCCAAAACACUGGCCAACUUUUAUCAGUGACAUUGUUGGAGCAAGUAGGACCAGUGAAAGUCUCUGUCAGAAUAAUAUGGUGAUUCUGAAACUCUUGAGUGAAGAAGUAUUUGAUUUCUCUAGUGGACAGAUAACCCAAGUGAAAGCUAAGCAUUUAAAAGACAGCAUGUGCAAUGAAUUCUCACAAAUUUUUCAGCUGUGUCAGUUUGUGAUGGAAAAUUCCCAAAAUGCUCCACUUGUACAUGCAACUUUGGAAACAUUGCUCAGAUUUCUUAACUGGAUUCCACUUGGAUAUAUUUUUGAGACCAAGUUAAUCAGCACAUUAAUUUAUAAGUUCCUGAAUGUUCCAAUGUUUCGAAAUGUCUCUCUGAAGUGCCUCACGGAGAUUGCUGGUGUGAGCGUAAGCCAGUAUGAGGAACAGUUUGUAACACUAUUUACACUGACAAUGAUGCAGCUAAAACAGAUGCUUCCUUUAAAUACCAAUAUUCGGCUUGCAUACUCAAAUGGAAAGGAUGAUGAACAGAACUUUAUUCAAAAUCUCAGUUUGUUUCUCUGUACCUUUCUUAAAGAACACGGUCAACUUAUAGAAAAAAGAUUAAAUCUCAGGGAAACACUCAUGGAGGCCCUUCAUUAUAUGUUAUUGGUGUCUGAAGUAGAGGAAACUGAAAUCUUUAAGAUUUGUCUUGAGUACUGGAAUCAUCUGGCAGCUGAACUCUAUAGAGAGAGCCCAUUCUCAACAUCUGCCUCUCCAUUGCUAUCUGGAAGUCAACAUUUUGAUGUUCCUCCCAGAAGACAACUGUAUUUGCCUGUAUUAUCCAAGGUCCGUUUAUUGAUGGUUAGUCGAAUGGCUAAGCCAGAGGAAGUAUUGGUUGUAGAAAAUGAUCAGGGAGAAGUUGUAAGAGAAUUCAUGAAGGAUACAGAUUCCAUAAAUUUAUAUAAGAAUAUGAGAGAAACAUUAGUUUAUCUUACUCAUCUGGAUUAUGCAGAUACAGAAAGAAUAAUGACUGAGAAGCUUCACAAUCAAGUGAAUGGUACAGAGUGGUCAUGGAAAAAUUUGAAUACAUUGUGUUGGGCAAUAGGCUCCAUUAGUGGAGCAAUGCAUGAAGAGGAUGAAAAACGAUUUCUUGUCACUGUUAUAAAGGAUCUAUUAGGAUUAUGUGAACAGAAAAGAGGCAAAGAUAAUAAAGCUAUUAUUGCAUCAAAUAUCAUGUAUAUAGUAGGUCAAUAUCCACGAUUUUUAAGAGCUCACUGGAAAUUUUUGAAGACAGUAGUUAACAAGCUUUUUGAAUUCAUGCAUGAGACCCAUGAUGGAGUCCAGGACAUGGCUUGUGAUACUUUCAUUAAAAUAGCUCAGAAAUGCCGCAGGCAUUUUGUUCAGGUUCAGGUUGGAGAAGUAAUGCCAUUUAUUGAUGAGAUUUUGAACAACAUUAACACUAUAAUUUGUGAUCUUCAGCCGCAACAGGUCCAUACAUUUUAUGAAGCUGUGGGGUACAUGAUUGGUGCACAGACAGACCAAACAGUACAAGAACAUUUGAUAGAAAAAUACAUGCUACUUCCUAAUCAAGUUUGGGAUAGCAUAAUCCAGCAAGCAACCAAAAAUGUGGACAUACUUAAAGAUCCUGAAACAGUCAAGCAACUUGGUAGCAUAUUGAAAACAAAUGUGAGAGCCUGCAAAGCGGUUGGACACCCCUUUGUGAUUCAGCUUGGGAGAAUUUAUUUAGAUAUGCUUAAUGUAUACAAGUGCCUCAGUGAAAAUAUUUCUGCAGCUAUCCAGGCUAAUGGUGAGAUGGUUACAAAGCAACCAUUGAUUAGAAGUAUGCGAACAGUAAAAAGGGAAACUUUAAAGUUAAUAUCUGGUUGGGUGAGCCGGUCCAAUGAUCCACAGAUGGUAGCUGAAAAUUUUGUUCCUCCUCUGUUGGAUGCCGUUCUCAUUGAUUAUCAGAGAAAUGUCCCAGCUGCUAGAGAACCAGAAGUGCUCAGUACUAUGGCUAUUAUUGUCAACAAGUUAGGAGGACAUAUAACAGCUGAAAUACCUCAAAUAUUUGAUGCUGUUUUUGAAUGCACAUUGAAUAUGAUAAAUAAGGACUUUGAAGAAUAUCCUGAACACAGAACGAACUUUUUCUUGCUGCUUCAGGCUGUCAAUUCUCAUUGUUUCCCAGCAUUCCUGGCUAUUCCACCUGCACAAUUUAAACUUGUUUUGGAUUCCAUUAUAUGGGCUUUCAAACAUACUAUGAGGAAUGUAGCAGAUACAGGCUUACAGAUCCUUUUUACACUCUUACAAAAUGUUGCACAAGAAGAAGCUGCAGCUCAGAGUUUCUAUCAGACUUACUUUUGUGAUAUUCUUCAGCACAUCUUUUCUGUUGUCACAGACACCUCACAUACUGCUGGUCUGACAAUGCAUGCAUCUAUCCUUGCAUAUAUGUUUAAUUUGGUCGAAGAAGGAAAAAUUAGUACACCAUUAAAUCCUGGAAAUCCAGUAAACAACCAAAUGUUUAUUCAGGAAUACGUGGCUAAUCUUCUUAAAUCUGCAUUCCCUCAUCUACAAGAUGCUCAAGUAAAGCUCUUCGUGACUGGACUUUUCAGCUUAAAUCAGGAUAUUCCGGCAUUCAAGGAACAUCUGAGGGAUUUUCUGGUACAAAUAAAAGAGUUUGCAGGUGAAGAUACAUCUGAUCUCUUUUUGGAAGAAAGAGAAACAGCCCUUCGACAGGCUCAGGAAGAGAAACAUAAACUUCAAAUGUCUGUCCCUGGCAUCCUUAAUCCACAUGAAAUUCCAGAAGAAAUGUGUGAUUAAAAUCGGAAGUCAUGCUGGGUUUUUCUUGGGUUGUUUUUUUUUUUUUUUUCUUUAUUUCUUUUUUUCUUUUCUUCUGCAACUCUUGUUAGCAGAUGAAAACAGCAUCUGGAUAUUUGUCGACCAAAAUGAUGCCAAUUUGUAAAUUAAAAUGUCACCUAGUGGCCCUUUUUCUUAUGUGUUUUUUUGUAUAAGAAAUUUUCUGUGAAAUAUCCUUCCAUUGUUUAAGCUUUUGUUUUGGUCAUCUUUAUUUAGUUUGCAUGAAGUUGAAAAUUAAGGCAUUUUUUAAAAUUUUACUUCAUGCCCAUUUUGUGGCUGGGAUGGGGGGAGGAGGCAAAUUCAAUUUGAACAUAUACUUGUAAAUUCUAAUGCAAAAUUAUACAAUUUUUCCUGUAAACAAUACCCAUUUUUAAUUAGGGAGCAUUUUCUUUCUAGCCUGUAUUUCAGUCUAGAAGAAAAGAUAAUGAGUAAAACAAAUUGCGUUGUUAAAAGGAUUAUAGUGCUGCAUUGUCUGGAGUUAGCACCUCUUGGACUGAAUCGUUUGUCUAGACUACAUGUAUUACAAGUCUGUAUGGCAAGUUUGCAGCAAGAUCAUGUGCAUAUCAUCCCAUUGUAAAGCAACUUCAAAAAAUAUGGGAACACAGUUAGUUAUUUUUACACAGUUCUUUUUGUUUUUGUGUGUGUGUGCUGUCGCUUGUCGACAACAGCUUUUUGUUUUCCUCAAUGAGGAGUGUUGCUCAUUUGUGAGCCUUCAUUAACUCGAAGUGAAAUGGUUAAAAAUAUUUAUCCUGUUAGAAUAGGCUGCAUCUUUUUAACAACUCAUUAAAAAACAAACAAAACAAAACUCUGGCUUUUGAGAUGACUUAUACUAAUUUACAUUGUUUACCAAGCUGUAGUGCUUUAAGAACACUACUUAAAAAGCAAAAUAAACUUGGUUUACAUUUA